CUUCAUUCUUGCGCUGCCUCACCGCAGGGAGCAAAUUUGAUUGGCUGGGUGACAACCUCAAAGGGCGGGGCUGCACACGUUCACAGUGGGAAUGAGCUAGCGGUGGAGGGCGGCAGUUAGGCGGGGCUAGACCGUCCUAUCUAAGGUGGUAAAGGCCAAUGAUUAUCCAGGCCGCCUCUCCUAGAAAAGUCAUCUCGCGAACCUUUAAAAUUCCUGCCGUCCAAGGCACCUCGAGAGACUAGAACUUACUGCCUCGUUUCUCUUCCUCCUUGCAAAAGUCCCGUUUGCCACCAUGGGGAUGUACCAAGUGAGACCGAGUAGGGGCAGCGAGUGGUGACUAGCACGCCAGGUUAUUGGCUGCUGCUCACCUCAGCGCUAGCAAACUUCUGGCAAGAUUGGAUCUGGGUAUCAAACCGCCUCUACACUUCCUCCUGGCGCCGUUCGAGGGUCAGCGCCACAUUCCCUUGCAGGCGCGCAAUGGCCGCGCCCCCUCCCGCUGCGGACGGGUCUUUUGGUACACCCAGUCCGAGGUCACCAUGGAUCGGAUGAAGAAGAUCAAACGGCAGCUGUCAAUGACACUCCGAGGUGGCCGAGGCAUAGACAAGACCAAUGGUGCCCCUGAACAGAUAGGCCUGGAUGAGAGUGGUGGUGGUGGUGGCAGUGACCCUGGAGAGGUCCCCACCCAUGUUGCCCCUGGGGAACCUCGCUCUGGACGAGGCCCACUCAGCUCUGCACCAGAGAUUGUGCACGAGGACUUGAAGAUGGGGUCUGAUGGGGAGAGUGACCAGGCUUCGGCCACAUCCUCGGAUGAGGUGCAGUCUCCAGUGAGGGUGCGCAUGCGCAACCAUCCCCCACGCAAGAUCUCCACCGAGGACAUUAACAAGCGACUAUCGCUACCAGCUGACAUCCGGUUGCCUGAGGGCUACCUUGAGAAGCUGACUCUCAAUAGCCCCAUCUUUGACAAGCCCCUCAGCCGCCGCCUCCGUCGAGUCAGCCUGUCUGAGAUUGGCUUUGGGAAAUUGGAGACCUACAUCAAGCUGGACAAGCUGGGUGAGGGUACCUAUGCCACAGUCUACAAGGGCAAAAGCAAGCUCACAGACAACCUUGUAGCACUCAAGGAGAUCAGACUGGAACAUGAAGAGGGGGCACCCUGCACCGCCAUCCGGGAAGUGUCUCUGCUCAAGGACCUCAAACAUGCCAACAUCGUUACGCUGCAUGACAUUAUCCACACGGAGAAGUCCCUCACCCUUGUCUUUGAGUACCUGGACAAGGACUUGAAGCAGUACCUGGAUGACUGUGGGAACGUCAUCAAUAUGCACAACGUGAAACUGUUCCUGUUCCAGCUGCUCCGUGGCCUGGCCUACUGCCACCGGCAGAAGGUGCUACACCGAGACCUCAAGCCCCAGAACCUGCUUAUCAACGAGAGGGGAGAGCUCAAGCUGGCUGACUUCGGCUUGGCACGGGCCAAGUCAAUCCCAACAAAGACAUACUCCAAUGAAGUGGUGACACUGUGGUACCGGCCACCUGACAUCCUGCUUGGGUCCACAGACUACUCCACCCAGAUUGACAUGUGGGGUGUGGGCUGCAUCUUCUAUGAGAUGGCUACAGGCCGGCCACUCUUCCCAGGCUCCACAGUUGAGGAACAGCUGCACUUCAUCUUCCGCAUCUUAGGAACCCCAACUGAGGACACAUGGCCAGGCAUCCUGUCCAAUGAGGAGUUUAAGACAUACAACUACCCCAAGUACCGAGCCGAGUCCCUUUUGAGCCAUGCACCCCGACUUGAUGGCGACGGGGCUGACCUCCUCACCAAGCUGCUGCAGUUUGAGGGUCGAAAUCGGAUCUCUGCAGAGGAUGCCAUGAAACAUCCAUUCUUCUUCAGUCUGGGGGAGCGGAUCCACAAACUUCCUGACACUACUUCCAUAUUUGCACUAAAGGAGAUUCAGCUACAAAAGGAGGCCAACCUUCGGUCUUCUUCAAUGCCUGACUCAGGCAGGCCAGCUUUCCGCGUGGUGGACACCGAGUUCUAAGCUGAGUUCUAAGCCACAGACCGAGGCCCCAGCAGGCAGCAGCUGGAGGGAUGCCACACCCCUCACAGGGCAGCCCCAACUGUAUCAUCCCUGCUUGCUGCCUGCCUACCUGCCUGAGCCAUGUUCGCCUGCCCACUUGUCCCCUGUUGCCCACCCGAACACCCGACCAUUGGCCUGUCAACCCACCCAUUGGCCUGUCUGCUGGGUGCUAACAAAGCUCUCAUCACUCCUUCACCUGGUCUGUCUGUUUGUCUCCGUCUCAGUAGUUGCCGGCGGACAGCAUGGCCGUGCCAGCCUCCCACACUGAGGCCAGGCCUACCCCUCCUCGUCAUACCUUACCCAGGACCACUACCCCACGGCCAGCCAGGGUUCUGGAGCUAGCCCAGGCUGGGGACCUCAACUCAGACAAGAUGGUGGUGAUGCCUUGGGUCUGAGGCAUCCCCUGUGCCUGCUUUCCUGCCUGCCCCACCUGCCUCAUGUUGUGUGAGCCUUUUUUGUUUGUUUGUUUGUUUCAUUCAUUGUUGUUUUUUUUAAUUAUUUUAAAUGAGGUUUUCAUUUUUUUAAAUGCAAUAUCUCUGUAUACAGACUGGCUGGGCCCCACCCCCUGUGUGUGGCUCUCUCACAGUAUUUUGUGCAAUGAAGCCCCGCUCCCAGCCUUUCAGAGGCAGGGAUACAGCCCCUAUUUGGAACCCUGACCAUCACCAGACCCUGGGAUCGGCUAUGGGAAAGCAUGCCACAGCCACUCGCCUUCCUACCCCCGCCUGCCAUCCCCAGCUGCAGGGGGAUCUGGGGACUACCGGAGACUCUGGGAAAUGGACAAGGUGGGGGGCCCCACUCUUUCCCUCCUGCAGUCCCGUAGCCGGGGCCUCCUUCCUUCUCAGGGUCUCCCCAGCCCAGCCCUCUUGCUCCCAUCCCACUCGGUGCUGUUGAGUAGGGGCCCUGCUAGGAACUGACCAACUCAGUGAGGAGCCAUAGUGUGUAUAUGUACACAAGCAGGGUCAGAGGGAUAUGUGAGGGGUUGUGCCCAGGUGUUGCCCUCUAACCCCUAGGGAGGGUGAGACAGGGCAGGGACAGUCUCUGGGGUCAGUUCCUGGAUGGGUGGUUACCUCCCCUUCCUCCACCUUAAGCCCUGGGGCCCUGAAACGGGGUGGGAGGGCAGGGGUGGGAGCCCUCCUAAUGGGGAUUGGGGGGUUGGGUUCCUGAAUGCACCAUAUUCGCUGUAUGAAAUAUUAAAAAGUCUAAAGUGAAAA